AUGGCGGGAGUGCGCUCGGCCUUCCUCGAUUCUCUGUGGCUCUGUGGUUGAUGUGGUUCUCUCAUUUUCCUGGACUGCACCGAUCGACUUGCACGAACGUAUUCGUAGUGUUACGAUACGACUUCCUCGAACGUUCGACGUCAUGCUGAGACCCGUGCUACUGCUGUGCUGGGCCGCGACUAUUGUGUCAGCUGGUGGCCAGAAGAGUAACAUCAGUAAUCAAACUGUGCCUGCCAACCCCGUCGACUACAAUGCAGCUACAAUUUCUUCAACAGCUUUGCCUGAAUUAAACACUAAAGAAACGAAGUUAAGCUUGAUAUCUGACAAUAUCUCGAACAAGGAUGAUGCCACGGAACCAUCUUCAAAUCAUCCUUUAUCAACUAUAUCUUCGAACGAUCAACCCCCACCGACUAAGACUACAAUUCCAAUUACAAGUACUACAACGCUUGCACCUACGUCCACAACAUCUGCACCUAUGUCUACUACACCAGUGCCAACACCGCUUCCUCCACCAGAUACCGGAAAAUGGUCAUUGAAGGAAAAUAAUACAUUAUGCGUUAUUGUUCAAAUGGCUGUGCAACUCAAUGUUUCCUAUAUCAAAGCUGAUAAUACGACGAGUCACAAAGCACUGGAUGUACCAGCAUCAAAUAACGAUACCAGUGCAAUAGGAAAGUGUGGCAAGACUGAGCAGAACAUGACGUUGUCGUGGAAAUCACAGAACAACACCUGGAAUAAUUUUACGAUCCACUUUGUGAAGAAUGAGACGGAGAAAUAUUAUUCUCUUCAUCACUUUGAAAUCUCCCUGGCAGCCGCGGAAUUCCCGAAUGCUAAGUCAAAUAAGACGGUGACUCUGGUACAUGUGGCACCGUCUUUCAAGACUGGAUUGAGUAACUCGUACAGAUGUAUAAAGGAACAGCAUUUGGACUUGACCCAGGAGGGUAAAAAUGUGACCGUAGGGCUUCUGAAAGUAUCCCAUUUGCAGUUCCAAGCUUUCCGUGGUGAUAACUCGACUAUUUUCGGUCUAGCCAAGGACUGUUCAUUUGACACGCCCGACAUUGUUCCCAUAACUGUGGGUUGUGCACUGGCAGGCUUGGUAGUAAUCGUAUUGAUCGCAUACCUCGUUGGCCGCAGACGAACUCAGGUCCGCGGUUAUCUUAGCAUGUAAGCCAAAUUUCCGCGUGAGGUUUCCUCUCCUCUCCUUUUUCCUUCUCCUAUUUUUUUUUAAUCGUUAAACUGAUAUAUAUAUUUUUUUUAAUGCGAUUCUCCGUUUUAACGGACUCGAUCUUAUUGAGAGUCUAUGUAGCUGUACUUUGUGUUCUAUAGCCAUGAAGGCUGUGACACAUGUUAAGAAGGAAAACAAAAAUAUAGUUUAUACGUUUGUAAAGUUAUCGCGUCCGGAAUAUAUUAGAAAAAGAAAAAAUGAUAUACGUAUUGCAAGGCGAUUUAAAGCGAUACAUGGGUGAUAAUUUCGAAGCAGCGUGCUCCAUUUUAUAAGGGCAAAUACUCUCUAAUAAAUAUAAAUUUAACAUAGUUAAAUCGCGAGAUCUGCAUCGAUAUAUGUACGUUCUACUUUAAACUGGCAACGAGAAACUUUUUUUUUCCCCCCACAAACGCUGCAGCACGGAAUGAAAGAUCAAGGAAAAAAAUUCCGCUAUAUAUAUAUGUAGAGUGUAUUAAAGUUACACGUCAGAUAUCCGUGCGUUGAAUUCACAGCCUCUUUUAACGGAAUACGUUAAUAACGCGAAGUUUUCCUUAUCCAUUUUUCUUUUGUUUUUUUUUUAAGGAAUAAUUUUCCCAACUUUGAUUAAUGCGAUACAAUACUUUAUACAUACAUACUUAAUACAUACGUCGAUAUAUGUUUCCGUUACAUUCGUAUUCGAAUUCUUUUUAUUAAACUGCACUGUGAAGUAAUAGCAGUUGUUUAUGUAGCCCUAGGUAUGCGUGUAUGAGUGUAUCAGAAAUAGUAUGAAGGAGCACGAGCUUCACUCGUUAACGUUAAGAGUUGACUUUGGCUAAGCAUUAAACUAAACACUACGAAUUAGACACUACAAAUAGUGCAAUUUUUUAGAUGUAAAAAUGAAUUAUUAUCUUACAUCAAAUGGAAUAAAGUAACACGUAACAUCAAAACGAUAGCUCAAUUAAAUAUAAUGCGCAAAAUUUUGGAAAAAUUUUGUUCCCCCAACGUUUGUCCCAUUUAAUAUAAACUAUAAAGUCUCGUGAAAGAAAAUAUAUACUACCACUUUGUAGAGUGAAGCACUAACGAUUUCCAAUGCAGGAAUCUGUUUCACGCAUUUACGCCAAUCUUUUUGGCAACGAUUAUACGUUUUUUCCUUCGAUUAAAGAUGUGAAAAGCGAAAAAUUUGACUCCAUUAACUUUAAUAAUAAAAAAUUUUAUUUUACAUCUUUACCAUAAAAAAAAAUAUUACGUGAUCUCUACCCUGUUCGAAGGUCUCGAAAUGAUAUUUUAUCUAACGUAAGGUAGUGUGCGAGGGUAAACUUGGUGUUUGUGUUUAAAAGAAAGCAAAUGGGAUUUCGGAAUUUAACAGGAGUGUGUGCACCGUGCUGCUUCAUAAGUACUAUAUUACGACAAGACUGAACGACGAGUAGUGAGAUGAGAAAGUGGAGGGCAUAAAGUAAAUUAAAAAAGAACAAAGUAAUUGAAUAUAGCGCUGUACAUAAAAAAGUAGUAAUACUACUUUUGGAUUACGAAUAUGUAUUGCAGCUAGGAGCAAGAUCUACAUUAUCAACAAUAAAAUAAAAUAAAUAAUUU